UUUAAGCAAAAUGAAGAAUGAAAGGAGAUAUUUCUGUGUUGUACUCCUGGUGUGUGUUAAACUAGUGAAUACGUCAUGUCCGUCGACUUGUUCUUGUAGUAGCUCAACAUCAGGGUUUGAUGUAAACUGUUAUAACAAAUUGUUUGAACAUAUACCAGUUUUACCAAAUGAUACGUAUAACCUGAAUUUGGGGUACAACAGAAUACAAGACAUUGAUGUCAAGUUAUGUAAAGAGAAUCGACUUUUACAAAACAUCAACAUCGAUAACAAUUUGAUUCAACAUAUAACGAAUGAUACAUUCACAGACUGUCACCAGUUAUCCUCACUUUAUCUACAAUACAACAGAAUCACAGAUAUACAUCGAGAUACUUUCAGUAACUUAUCACAGUUACACACACUAUAUCUUUAUAACAACAAGAUACAGUCUAUAGAGAGUUAUUCGUUCGUCAACAUGACAAAUUUGUAUCAUCUGUAUCUCUACAACAAUGAAAUAUCUACAAUAGAACAAUCAGCUUUUAUGAAUCUACCAAGCCUUCAACAACUAUAUCUUUAUAACAACAAGAUACAGUCUAUAGAGAGUAAUACAUUCGUCAACAUGACAAAUUUGAAUCGUCUGUAA